GGGUGUCCAGCCGCUGCGUACCCCGCCGGGCGCCGCCGAGAGAGUUGAGCCUUGGUGGCUUGUGAAGAAAAUGGCAGAAGCACCAGCAGAGCUUUCUGAAGGGCAGCUUGUUGUGCACUCAGACACUCACAGUGACACCGUCCUAGCCAGUUUGGAGGAUCAAAGAAAGAAAGGCUUUCUCUGUGACAUUACUUUAAUUGUGGAGAAUGUGCAUUUCCGGGCCCACAAAGCCUUACUUGCAGCCAGUAGUGAGUAUUUCUCAAUGAUGUUUGCAGAAGAGGGGGAGAUCGGACAGUCCAUUUACAUGCUGGAAGGCAUGGUUGCAGACAUUUUUGGUAUCCUGCUAGAGUUUAUUUACACGGGUUAUCUCCACACUAGUGAGAAAAGCACAGAACAAGUCCUGGCUACUGCUCAAUUCUUAAAAGUCUAUGACCUGGUCAAGGCUUACACAGACUUCCAGAGUACUCAUAGCUCCCCAAAGCCAACGACUUUGAACAGUGCUGGUGCUCCUGUGGUUGUUAUUUCUAAUAAGAAAAAUGACCCUCCAAAGCGGAAACGGGGAAGACCAAGAAAAGUCAAUAGCUUGCAGGAAGGGAAAUCAGAACUGGCUGCAGAGGAGGAAAUACAGCUCAGAGUGAACAAUUCGGUUCAGAAUAGACAGAACUUCGUGGUUAAAGAAGGAGGCAGUGGGCUACUGAAUGAACAGAUUCCGGCAAAAGAACAGGAAGACUCUGAGCCUGCUUGUGAGGCAGGUGGAGCUGGGGCAAUACCAGCUGAAAAAGAUGAGAACCGUGACCCCAAGACACAGGAGGGGCAGGAUGGCCAAAGUCGGUACAGCAAGCGGAGGAUCCGGAGGUCCGUCAAACUUAAAGAUUACAAACUUAUUGGGGAUGACGACGACCAGGGUUCAGCCAAGAGGGUGUGUGGAAAGAGAAAACGCCCCGGUGGUCCCGAGGCCCAUUGUAAAGACUGUGGCAAAGUUUUUAAGUACAGUCACUUUUUAGCAGUCCAUCAGAGGAGCCACACGGGGGAGCGACCCUUCAAGUGUAAUGAGUGUGGAAAAGGCUUUGCCCAGAAGCACUCCUUGCAGGUCCACACCAGGAUGCACACGGGCGAGCGGCCGUACACCUGCACGGUGUGCAGCAAGGCUCUGACCACCAAGCACUCGCUGCUGGAGCACAUGAGCCUGCACUCAGGACAGAAAUCUUUUACCUGUGAUCAAUGUGGAAAAUAUUUCAGCCAGAAAAGACAACUAAAGAGCCAUUACCGAGUUCAUACAGGCCACUCAUUACCGGAAUGUAACCACUGCCAUCGCAAAUUCAUGGAUGUGUCUCAGCUAAAGAAACACCUCCGAACACACACAGGUGAAAAGCCAUUUACUUGUGAAAUUUGUGGCAAAUCUUUCACAGCAAAGAGUUCUCUUCAGACGCACAUCAGAAUUCAUCGGGGAGAAAAGCCAUACUCCUGCAGCAUAUGUGGCAAGUCCUUUUCUGACUCCAGUGCCAAGAGGAGGCACUGCAUUCUCCACACAGGCAAAAAGCCUUUCUCUUGCUCUGAGUGUAGCUUACAGUUUGCUCGCUUAGACAACUUGAAGGCUCACCUGAAAAUCCACAGCAAAGAGAAGCACACACCGGAAGCCAGCAGUGUUUCCAGCAGUAGUAACACCGAAGAGGUCAGGAAUAUUCUUCAGCUCCAGCCCUACCAGCUCUCUACCUCGGGCGAGCAGGAGAUUCAACUUCUGGUGACCGAUUCUGUACACAACAUCAAUUUUAUGCCGGGUCCUAACCAGGGUAUCAGCAUUGUGGCCGCGGAGAGCUCCCAGAACAUGACCGCAGACCAGGCUGCUAACCUCACUCUGCUCACACAGCAGCCAGAGCAACUGCAGAAUUUAAUUCUUUCAGCUCAGCAGGAGCAAACUGAGCACAUUCAGAACCUCAAUAUGAUCGAAAGCCAGAUGGAGCCCUCGCAGACGGAGCCCGUGCACGUCAUCACGCUGUCCAAGGAGACCCUGGAACGUCUUCACGCCCAUCAGGAGCAAGCAGGGGGGCUCCACUUAGCAGCAAGUACUUCAGACCCGGCUCAGCACCUGGCGCUGACGCAGGAGCCUGAGCCGCCAUCUCCGGCUGACCAUGGGGCCCGGCCCUCACCACUAAGCCAGGGGCAGAGCUGACCUGCGUGCGCGGUGGCUGCUCCCUGGGCCCAGCCCAUAAGCCGGCUGUAACCAGGUGGUGAGCGCGCACCUUGUCUGAGAUGCUGGAUGACAGCACUCUGGAGAGAGGCGCUGGCCAGAAGAGAGCUGCAACUUGCUGUAUCCGAGCAGCAGCGGGCGGGCGUGCGGGUCUGACCCGUAACCCUGAUGUGUAUUCAGCACUUCAUCAUCUGCCAGGUUUCUUACUGGACAGUUUUUCUUUGGGGUCAUUGUCUGAGACUUUUCUGUGAGCAUUUAAUGUUCACAGCCAUAGGUGUGGUCUUGCUGACCACAUGUUCUAUUUAGGACAGAGGAAGUCCUGUAGGUUGCAUUGGGUGGGGUGGUCUGUUCCCCUUCUUUCUUUCUCCAAGGCCACUGCAGAGAAGGCAGAACUGAGUUGAGGGAAUUUGUCCUUUUAAUAACUUCCAGUCCCCUAGGACAGAGUAACUUGACACUGAAUCUUUGUGCGGCACUAUAGUGUCUCAUUGAAGGGAGAUUCAAACUCAGAUAAAAAUAUAUUCAUAAUUCAGAAAUCAUGUAGCAGGAAAGGCAGAAGUAUGCUUUAUUAAAAAAUAUGAAUUCAUGUUUCCUGUAAAACCUGAUUUACCUAUUUUAAUAGGCUAUUAAAUUUUUAAUUAAGUAUUAAAAUGUGAAAUGGGAUCAAAACAUUCACUCCAGAUAAACUCUAAGUUUUGUCAGAAAUGAUACUUGAAUUUCACAAUGAAGUUAAAGGCUUCUUAAUUAUCUUGGGACAUAAAAUUGUAUUUAAUGUAAAGUGUUAAAUAUACUCUACAUAAUUCUAGUUGGUCUCUGAAGAUACUGAUCUGUGUCUUGGGUCUGAUAACUUUCUGGAUGUGGAGACAUACACUGUAUUUUUAUGUUAGAUUGUCAAAUCCCACAAAUUGAUACAUCAUUUGUAAAAGUAAAUAUCCUUUUUAAGCUUAAAAAUAAUUUUAAGCCUCAGAGACUUAAUGGCCAACAUGUAUCUAUAGUCAUGAAAUUUAAAAAAUAAUUGUCAAAAUAUUAAAUUAGAUUUGGGUUAGGUUGUCAGGUUCACUAUAAUUAAUUGAAUUCUUUGGCCGUUUUUCUCUUGUAAACUGGGAGAUACUUUUGAGAAGGGGGUUCCCAGUGUGUGAAAGUUAAGGUAGCGGUUCUGGAAAGCAGGUUUAACAUUAGUAGAAUCUUCACAUCAGUUGUUUUCUUCUUUUAAACAUCUUUUAUUUCCCCCCUAAAUCCCCCCUAAACCCAGCCCCUCACACAUCCUAGGCAUACUUCAGAAGUUAAAAUAAUUGAAACUUGAGAAGAUGAAAAUAUUUUUGUAUUUGUAUAUUGUGUAUUUUGCCCAGUUAUAUUUUACUACAUGUAAUUCACAAAAUUUCCAAAAUAAUAUAUCUUUUACAUGUGUCAAAUGAAGUGAUAUUAAAUCAGGCCUAUUGGAA